AUGGCCGUGCCACAACGCAUCCCUUGGGAGGUCACCAUAACUCCUCACCCGGGCUCUUCCCCACAAGAUAUUCUCAAUGAGCCCGACUGGAUCCAACUCCGCGCACACGCGAUCGGCUUCAAGAACCACGAGGGCCGUCGUCCGGGGUUAACUGAGCCGGAGGUCGACCGCGAGCUCAGCGAGGCAGAGAUCGCCGAGGCCCGACGUAAACGCGAGGAGAUCAGGCAGCGAGUGUCAGCUGGGGACUUGGUCAAUUUUCGGGACUUGAUUGAGCACCAGACCUCCUUUCACCUGCGACAUCCAGGCGAUCGGUCGUUGGGUUGGAGGUAUGUUCUCGAGACGACGGAGGAUUGGGUCAAGUAUGGACAGAGGUGGCCAGUCAAUGUGGAAAGGGAGGAGAAGGAGCGGAAGCAGGAAGGGAAGAAGAAAGGGAACGCAGGCGAGAAGGACGGACAGGUAAAAGACGAAAGAGAGCCUGCAUCGGAGGAUGGAAAGGCGAAAGAGCAGAAUCUCAGCCCUCAACAGCGCGCCCUCCUCUGCGAGAUUGAAUCGGAAUCCAACCUUCUUACCACCUUGAAGCAAAACUCAGGCCAUCGUGUAUGCCCACAAACCCAGAACCGUUCAACAAUCAGUAUCGAUGCGCAGGACCAAUUUACUCCUGACAACUGGCUUCCACGCAGCAGCGCUCUCAUACGUCUGACUGGAAACCAUCCCUUCAACGCUGAACCCUCGCUUUCUGAUCUCUUCGCUGGCGGCUUGAUCACCCCAAAUGAGUUACACUUCGUUAGAAAUCACGGAGCAGUGCCUCGGUUGCUCUGGGAAUUGCACCAUCUGGAAAUAUCUGGUUUCGAGAGCUCCAAUGCAGGAGGUAACGAAAGGAAGUGUUUGCUCGUGUCGCUGAGCAUGCAUGACCUCAAAACCCGCUUCUCCUCUCGCAUGAUCAACAUCCCUGUCGCGAUGGCAUGCACAGGCAACCGCAGGAAGGAGAUGAACCUCUUGCGUAAGACAAAAGGUGCCAACAAUGGUGCUGGAUCGGUUGGCUGUGCCUACUGGAAAGGACCGCUAGUGCGAGACGUACUGUUAGACGCCGGCGUUGUCCCAUCAACCGGGCAAAUGGACGAUGGGAGAGGAAGAAGGCUCUACGUCAAUUUUGCUGGCGCUGACAACCCCAGCGGAGGGCCAUACGAAACCUCUUUGCCCCUGGAAUACGUAAUGAACCCAGCCAACGACGUUCUUCUCGCUCUGUACAUGAAUGAUCUUCCCCUGCCCCCGGAUCAUGGUUAUCCUGUUCGCCUUGUCGUACCCGGACAUGUGGGCGGUAGAAGCGUGAAGUGGUUGAAGAGGAUUUGGAUCACAGAUCAUGAAAACCAAAGCUACUACCAUAUUUGGGACAACCGACUGCUCCCAGAAUUUAUACGUGACACUGGAAGCGAGAUUGCUAAAGCACUGUUUCACCAUCCUAGCUCGGCGAUUUAUGAGCAACCUGUUAACGCUGUGGUGUGUCGUCCAGGGCAAGGCGAGAAGAUACCGUUGAAUAAAGCAAAGGCAGGGGAGAUGUAUCACAUCCAGGGCUUUGCCUAUGCGGGAGCCGGCCUAGAGGUUCAAAGAGUCGAAGUGUCCAUCGAUGGCGGAAAGAAAUGGCUGUGGGCAAAGAGAAAGUUUCCCGACUUCCCCAUCAGACAUGGCAAUAAGUUCUGGGCAUGGGUUUUUUGGGAUGUCGAGGUUGAGCUUGCGAAGCUGGUACGAGCACCCAACGUUAUCGUGCGAUGCUGGGAUGCGACAAAAAACAGGCAACCUCCGGACUUCGAGUGGAAUGUGCUGGGCAUGAUGAAUAAUUCGUGGUAUACCGUGAAGACAGACCUGAUUACAGAGCAGCGGGGUGAUGGUGUAGCCAUCAUGUUCCGUCAUCCCACUGAGGCUGCAUCUUUGAGCGGUGGAUGGAUGCAGCCAUCCCAGGAGCUUCUUUUGGCGCAGACCAAACAAGAGGGCGGGAUCCCAGAAAAGCAGUUUACUCGAGAGGAAAUUGAGAAGCACGACAAACCUGACGCCUGCUGGAUGGUUAUCAACAACAAGGUUUAUGAUGUAACAAGCGUCCUUGAAUGGCAUCCCGGUGGGAAGGCGUCCAUUAUGACACAUGCCGGAAAAUAAUGCCUGCUCGGUUCUGUAACCGAAAAGACAGCGAAGUACAUCCAGCAAACUGCUGAGGUCAUUGCCAAAGAACGAGCCACAAGGGCUGAAAAAAGAGGGAAGGGAGGUCAUUUAGCCCUCGAACUGCAGCGAUGGCUGCCAGUCAGGCUGGUUGACCGACGAUCUGUCUCUAGAGAUACGCGGACGUACACCUUUGAGCUGCCAGAAGGCAAGUCAAGCCUUGGAGUCGAGACUUGCCAGCACAUUCAAGUAGGCUUCCACUUGCAAGACAAGAUGGUUGUCCGAUCCUACACCCCUACUCGACCAGUAAUCCCUUCCCCUCCAGGUGUUCGCGAGACAAGUCAACGAACUGUGAAAAGCUGCGAUAAGGGAUCGCAGGCCAAGGGUCCACCUACUCCUCCCGAGUCACCCACUUCGACUGGCCAUUCCUUCUCAUCGACGGCUUCAACGAGCAACAGACCUGAAUCACAUGCUGGCCAGACCAAUCCUGCGCCCACAAAUGAGAAUCGCACCUUCGACUUGACCAUCAAAACUUACUUCCCCACACCUUCCCAGCCCGGAGGAGCCCUCUCCAACCUUCUCGACUGCAUGCCCCUGGGUGAGGAAGUCGAGAUCAGGGGUCCAACCGGUGACGUCAUCUACGAGGGCCACUCGACAUUCCUUAUUCGCGGUGCCAAUCCACACGACCCGCACUCUGCCGAGCGCAGACUGCGCUUCCCUCGUGUGUCGCUUGUCCUUGGCGGAUCGGGAAUCACCCCUGGGUAUGCACUCAUGGCUCGGGUCAUGAGCGAGAUCCAAGCUGGAGAAGAGGCACCAGAAGUGAGGGCCGUGGAUGCCAAUAAAACCGAAGGUGAUAUUUUGCUACGGGAGGAGCUGGAAAGCAUCUUUGCUGUCGUCAACGCUUCACCUAUUGCUCCUCUCCCUGAUGGCGAGUAUGGUGGCUGCAAUGGCAAGCACGCCUUAGAAGGACACCACUGCCACAACCACCUACAAGAGGACAAGAUCCCUGAAUCAUGCCAUAACAUUGCCUCGCACAUCACUCCCCAUUUGCCACCGAAUCCGACCUACCCUCCUCACCUUGAGUCCCUCGGCAGAAAGUUAGGCUGGGUCUCCGAUGAUUGCCGUGACGUCAAGUUUGACAACCGGAAUCACAAGCACCACAUCAAGGAGUCUGACAAGACCCUGUUCUAUGUAUGGCGCGAUGCUUGGCUCGACACCAUCAAGCAAGACCUGCGCCAAGUCUUUGCUGCCUGCCACGACGUCCCUUCGGUCAUUGAGCCCCUUCUUAAGGACAAGUGCUACCACAACAUUGUGACUGAUCUCGAGCUUCAUGAUGGUGGUAGUUAUCAGCACGAAAGCUGCUCCUCUCACUCAUGCAGCCAUGACAAUCAAUAUGAGCAUGGUCAUGAUGAUGGUCACUACGAUGGUGGUCACCACGAUAAUGGCUACGACGAUGGAUAUGGCCUCAAGUACCAGUCCAACUGCGUCAAGGAAUGCCAAGGCGACUCCCAUUGCGAGGAGAAGUGCCACAUCGAGGAAAAGGAGAAGUGUGUUGGCGACCAUUGCGACAAGAAAUGUGAAGGUGAUCACUGUGAUGACGACUGCAAUGACGAUGACUGCAACGAUGACAAGCACAAGAAGAAGAAGGAUGGGAAGAAGGGAAAGAACCCGCUAUUUGGUGCUGCUGGGGGCUCGCCUGUUCCUAAUGCCGUCAAUGCCGGUCUGGCUCUGCUUGCAAUUGCUUUCUACUACCUGCACUAA